UUCCAAAUGGUGUUGAUCAAAGUUUCGUCCAAUUUUUACAGUUCAUCUUAAUUGUAGUUAAUUAAUGUUAAUUUUUUUUUAAUUCUUUGUUAACCAGUUAACACAAAUAACGCGCUACAAUUAACAUAUGGACAAUCAUCACGUGAUUAAAGUUUACGCAUACCCAAAGAAUGGUAAAUGAUUAGACAACAUUAAAUAUUUUCGCCAUCUUCAUCAUUGUUUCUCAAUUGUGCAACCAAAAGUACAUAUCCUACAAUAUCGAUUAACCUUAAAAGACAAAACUGAGCUGAUUUGAAGAAAACUCAACAAUUGAAUGUUAAUAUUUUCAAAUUUACUACAUUCAAUUUGAUUUUCGGAAUAACAAAAUUGGGGUAUAACAAUUACCCCUUUUACGAGAAGGAGCCGUUAAAGUAGUGGUAACACUGUUAACUUGGAACAAGGUGACUAUCACGUUGGGGAUCUUCACAGUUAUUUGCUUCUCUAUUUCUAUCCAUACAUCUUUUGAUUUUUUUUUGUUCGUUGAGAAAAAAAAAUCGGCGAAAAAAGUUACCUUUCAACCGUGACCUGUGAUUAUCCUACUAUCAUAUCAAAGUUUUCCUAUUUCUAAGAUUCUAAUUCUCACCUACGCUUUCUGGUGGUUGGUGGCUUUUCAUUUCGUUUAUAUUUUUCUCUUCUCAUUCUUCAUCUUUUUUUUUUGUUAUUCUAUCAUAUCGACUUCACGUUUGUACUUUUCCAAUUUUUAUUGUUAAUCUUUUGUCUUUCUCUCCAUCGAAAAUUAUCCAUAUCUAGGCGAUAAAAUUCUGGUCCUUUGUAACAAGUAUCUACCUGUUCUCUCACCACACAAGUUAAGGUGAAACUCUAACAAGUGGUCACUCACUUCAUAUACUAUUAUCUAUAGAUAAUAGUGGUCAAGAUGGAUCUAAGUGAUAUAACACCACUAAUCAGUGCUUUCAUGGUAGAUUCUCCAAUCGAUGAUUCUGAUGAUAGUACAGAAUGUGGAAUGGUAACCAAAGUGAAUCGUAUAAUCUCUGGUCAACCAGCUCAGUCUUACAAUGUCUACAACUCGAAGUUACCUUAUUCUUCAUCCUUACAAUUAGAGGCAACUAAUUAUUUCAAAGAGAUCAAAUUAAGCCUGGGAAAAAUGAUUACUCUCUCUGCAAGCAAAGCUGAUAUAAUCGAAGUGAAAAAUUACAUCACUCUUUAUGGUCACUAUUUCACUAAAGAAGAUCAUAUUCUGUUGAUUAAAACUUUCCUUCAAAUCAUGCAAAUACCUGGAAUUGAAAUGUCAUCUCUAACUGGUAUAAUUUACAUUUUAAAUUCACUUUUAAGGAAAAAACGUUUAAUAUCACCUAAAGAGUUGACAAUUGAAUGGCGUCCUCUUUACGAUAUUUACUGCAAGUACAUUUUCGAGAGGAAAAAUCUCUUCCAAAUGGGUCAAUCUUAUGGUUUCGAGUCAAAUCUUCGUGUCCUUAUAGAUGUUGCUAGGAAUUAUUUUUCGGUUGAAGCAACUCGAGAAAUUCUUGAAGAAAUUCGUCCGGUUCAAUGUCCUUUCACUGCAUGUAAAAUAUUCCGAUGCUCUUUCUUAUUAGGACUUUUUUUACCCACUCAAAUGUACCCAGAAGAUCAUGAGAAAGGUUAUAAACUUUGGUUUGAUGAAAUUUUACAAUUAUGGUCGGGACCCAAUGCUAUUCAAUAUGAGAAUAUUUUCUUUAAACUAUUGUCACGUUUGGCAACACAUAAUAUUGGUUACAUUGACUGGUCACCUUAUAUGUCAACCAUUUUCACCAAAUAUACCAAAGCGAUGAACAAUUCAGUUAAUCAAUCUCCUUUGGCUAUUCUUGCUCUUACAACUGAUUGUACUCCAUUGGUUAACUGGAUUGUCUCAAUGAUUGGUGGACCUCAAUCAAAAGCACUAGAAUAUAUUGAGGCUCUUUUCAAAGCCGUUGAAUCUAAUUUUCAUCCCAGUAACAUGUCCCGAUGGAGCUCACAGUUAACUAAUAUAUUGUCCAAGUUAUCAUCAGCUUUUAUCUUACGUAUAUAUAAGGAACGAUAUCGUAAGAAAACUUGGGAAUUUAAAACACCUAAAGAAUAUCAAAUCACCGAAGAAGAGAUCGAUAAAUUUGUUGAUGUUCUUCAACCUAUUCUAUUGACGGCAAUGUUUUCACGUUUUGGAACUCAAAGUAUUUUUACCUCUAUUCGUGAUUUGGCCUGGCUUCGGCCAGAAAAAGUGAUACCACCUCUAGUUGAGAAACUUUAUAUCGCUUUGGAUUCUAAUUUAGAAGCUCAUCGACUUAAUUCUCUAAUGUCUACCUUAUACAUGGUGGCUCCCGUUAUGGUUGAUGGUCUUGGCCGUUAUGAUGAGGGUAAAACACACUUGAUAAGUUUACUCUUUGCCUCUCUUCCCGGUCUUGAUUGUAAUGAUAUCAAAAAGUGUGGUAAUACUUGUGGACUAAUUUCACAUCUCGUUGACUCUGUACCCAUAAUGGAUUGUUCAGCAAUGGUUGAUAUAAGAAACGAUUUAACAGAAGCUGAAUACAACAUUGCUCUUGAAACUGCUCGAUUCGAGGAAUUUGUCCUGAUCUUUUUGGAGAAAGUGUUAAGUCUUGUUGAAAAUUACGCACCAGAACACCGGCCAGAAAAAAUUGACAAUGAUCCAGUUAAACAGAGUUCAGAUGAAUCUUAUUUUGAAUCGUCAAUGGUUUUUGCUUUAUCUAUGGUUCUAAUAUACUCGUCACCACAAAUCUUUGAAAAAGCUUUGGAUAAAUUGUUCAUUUUCUUGCGAGGUCGACUCUUCGAAUCUAGAUCGACAAUAAAAAUGAUGACCACAGUUUGUGGUCUAUUUGCCAGAGCCAAUCCCAGGACAGUUCUUGAAAAAUUUUUGCCUUAUCUUCAUUCAACUAUUCUUGGAUUAACCGAUAAUGAGGAUGUUUUUGAAGAGGAAUCAGUUGAUGUACAGCUUAUCUUAGCCUUACAAAUUACCUCUGAAAUUAUAGUUGAAGGAACUUGCCUUGAUGAACAUUCUGAGAAAAUAUUUGACAUAAUUAGACGAGGCCUUAGAUUAAAACCUAGUCAAGGUUACAAAUCGGCUGCCGUUUUAUUGAAAAAUUGCCUCGAAAGUUUGACUACGGUCUAUCCUAAUCCAAAAACCACCUUUAGCCUUUCAUGGGAACAAUUGUCCGAUUUCACAAAAAUCAACCCAAUCCGAUUAUGGGGUAAACAUGAUAAAACGGAAGAUAUCACUUUCGAUUGGUAUGUGCCUUCGGAUAAGGAGAUCAAACUGACUCAGAAACUUUUGGAUGAAUUCUUAACCCCUGAAAUACAAUCUCUCAUUAAAUGGACCAACAAUGAACUAACGUUAACCCGUGAAGAGGUUCACCGAAGUCUUAACAUUGUACUUUUUUGUGUCGCUGGUUCAUCUGUGGUAUUACCUCUUUUUGACAGUGAAGAAUAUUUUAUCCUUGACACCACAGUUCCCCCUUUGAGUGAACGAGUUCAUGAAAUUGGUACCAAAACUGUUCACCUUUCGUCUGGAGCUAAUCCCCGUCAAUUAGUUGCUGAAUCUAAUCGAACCAUUUUAAAGCAUGUCAUUGCAAACUGUUCAGAUGAUACUAAAUCGUUGGAUCUUAUCAUUAGGAUUUUUCAAUGUGUUAUGGGUUGGACAAAAUCUUCACGAUCAAUGAAAUCGUCUCGUGAAUAUUACAAUACAGUUAAAAACAAUUUGAAAAACAAACUAAUGGGAAUUAAACGAUUACCCAGACGAAUUAUCAUUGAACGAAUCGGAAUGCAACAUGAGACGAGAAUCUCUUUGAAAAAGUGGGGAAAAUUCACUAAACUUCAUCAUGAUAUUGUUCUUGAUAUUAUUUCUCUCGCCUUGAGUCAUUAUUCUGACGUUCGAGCUAAAGCUCACAACGCUUUGCUCCAAUUUAAACAUCCAUUUGGUUAUCGAUUAGUAGCUUCCGAGUUGACAAGAGUGUUCAAUAAACCACGAACCGGAGAGACUGAAGAAAUUCAAGGAGCUUUGACAAUUCUCCUCAGUCAUCAUUCGGGCGCUUUCUUAAAUGUUUCUGACUGGGAAUGCAUUGUACCUUUAUGGUUGGCGCUAAUUAACACCGAUUACUCUGAAAAACCAGCCAUCAUCGCUCUAUUGGAACAACUUACCAAACAGGCGGCGAACAAAUUACAACCUUUGCUCAUCGAAUAUAAAAUUCCCCCUGAACUACAUGAAAUCGGCAAACAACUGUUCACCACUGGAAUUAUUCCUGACACUAAACCUCCUGAUGAAGAGACCAUUGAAAAGGGAAAGAUCGCCUGUGACAUUGCCAAUCAAUCUAAGCACGAUUUGUAUGUAUAUUUUGUCCAUAAAUUGGUAGAUUCAAUCGAAACAGGUCAACUUCAUUGGCGUCAUCUUCAAUUUGCUUUUCUACUUCUUCAAUCGUUGAUUCGUAAAGAUAUUAAAUUCCCUAUUGAAGGUGUACGAAUAAUUGUUAAAAACUUAAUCAACGAUCAUAUUUCAAUCCGACGAAUUUGUAUCAAUGGAGUUGCUGCGAUUUUACGUCAACACAAACCGGAAAUUAAGUUUGAACAUGUUCCAGUUAAUAUGAAAGCCGAACAAUCUACUGAAUAUGAUUGGCUUUACUUCAACCCCGAUAUUGAUUAUAUGGAUGAAAACAUUUGGAAUGAAACAAAAUGGGUCAAUCGAACCUUUAUCUCUCCAACAUAUUCACCCACAGAGGGAAUUAAAUAUUACACCGAGGCUUCAGCUUUUCAAGCUCGUAACCUCGACUCUGUCAGUCCCGAAGAAGCUGUGAUCCUUGAGUUUUUCCUCGACAAGGUAAAAGUCACUAAACUGCUCGAUUUUAUUACACUUGACGAUAAAAAGACCAGUCUCCUUGGACCUCGAAGAUUUAAGAUAUUCCAAGGAUUAUUCCGUAACUUUGGGGUUACCACAAUUGAUGUUUUCCGUGAUUUCUUUGAAAAUAUGACCACCGAAACAAAAGAAAAUGUACAUAAAUGUGGCUGUGACGUUCUCACGGGUUUGGUUAGAGGAUCAAAAUAUUGGCCUUACAAAGAUAUGAUCACUUUACGUGGCCUUCUUGAACCAAUUCUGAAAAAAGUAUUGAAAAUCAUUUCAAGAGAAACAACUGAAAUCUAUGUUGAAUUUUGUGUCUUUGGUUUCCGACGAUUGGAUGGUCGUCGAUACUCUUGGUUAUUCCGUUAUCUUCUCGAAGAUCCUCUUAGUUCAAGUGAUACAACGGCCACUGCAUUCCAGUCAUUUUCCCGUUUAAAAAUGCUCAGUGAUCUGCUCAUUAGUCAAUGUUGGCGAGCGAUGCCUUAUCUACGACGCCUAUUUGACCAUUUAUUGCAACAUAAUCAUCUUAAAAAUCCAUAUCAAAAUAUACGCCAGUUAAUUGGUUGCUCAUUAACUCAAUUAUUACAAUUUGAUAAUGAUUUUUUCAAUUCAACUGCUAAACCAUUAGCCUUAGCACCCAAAAUUGAAGAGCUACUGACCAGUGUCCUCCCUGAAUUGGAAGGAGCUUCAAUCAAUGAUCCCCGUCUUUCUAAAGGUUUCCCUUCCUCCUCCUCUGUUUCCCAAAUGGAAUCAAUUGAAUCAUCACAUUCAUCAUCUCCGUCUUCCUCUGCAUCCUCACCAAUGGUAGUAGUUGAUUCCAGUGGAAACUCAAUUGAAGAUGUAGAAAAAGAAUCGUGUAAUUUACUAGCAACUCUUUGCUAUUGGCUUCAUCCUCAUCUUUCACUUAAUCCACAUAUCACUAGACCACAGAUUCUUCAACUUGUGCCUAUUAUAAGUGAAAUCAAAAAUCGUUCAAAGGACGAUGAUCUAACCGCCUGUGCAAAUGAAGCAUUAAACUCAAUCGGACAAUGUUCAAUUAAUGAGAAAUAUAUUGAUUCAGCUUUAGAGAUAUGCAAAAAGAUGACUGGAAGUAAAUCAUGGCAUACACGAGUUUCUGUUGUCAUAUUUAUCCAAUGUAUGGUUUCCUCGAAUUUGUUCACCUUGAUGAAUGACCGUACUCGCAAUAAAAUUGUCUCCGAUAUGAUUAUUGAUCUAUUACAAGAUGAUCGAUUGGAAGUUCGUGAAAAAGCUGCUGGUCUUCUUGGUGGUCUUAUCCAUUAUCAAUUCAUAAAAAUUGAUAAACAUUUAAUCAACCAAUUUAAAACUAAAUGCGCUCGUAAAUUAACUAAAAGUACACUUAAUUAUAGUUAUGAUAGCAACGAGUUAAAUGAAAAACAUGGAGGAGCAUUAGGUUUAUGUUCAAUUGUUAGCGCUUAUCCUUAUGAUGUUCCGGAAUUCCUUCCGGAUAUACUCAUGUUUCUAAGUGACCAUCUUCACGAUCCCCAACCAAUUCCAACAACAAUUAGAAAAACUCUUUCUGAUUUCAAGAGGACACAUCAUGAUAAUUGGCGUCAACAUAAAGAAAAAUUCAAUGAAGAUCAAUUAGCGAUAAUCACUGAUUUACUUGUUUCACCAAACUAUUAUGCUUAACAAUAACAAUCAUCAUCAAUAAAAUGAAAACAUUGUUGACACAAUUGUUACUUCAUCCAAGUAAAAAUCCAUGGGGAAAAAACCAAAUCAAGAUGAGAAAACCAAUCAACAAUCAAAAACAACAAAAUCAAUCAAAUGCAGUUAAUCAUGAAACAAGAGUAAAACAAAAAAAAACCUGAACCAUUGAAGAGGAGAAACGUAGUGAAAGCAAAAACGAAUAACCUAAAGAUAAAAACAAUUAAAUAUCUAACAAUCAAAAUCUCAACAACAAAAAGGAAACCUUUUUUUCUGCCAAAAUAACAAUAACAAUUAAGUUAAUCGUUUCCACUUUAUGUCGACAAUUUCGUAAAACAAAACUGUAAUUGAAAACCUUUUUCCACUAGGACUCUUUUUGCAAGGAUCAUUUCAAAAUCUUGCUAAAGUUUAUCAUAAACAAAAACAUUAGCUUAUAUUAAUCAAUGAAUAAUCAAAAAGAAAACAAUUUAAAUUUAAAUCAUAUUAAUAAUAAAUCAAAAUUUAAAUACCGUUACAAAUGAAUAAGAAAUAAAAUAAAUGCCAUUUAGAAACAAAAACAAA